AUGGUGAAGCUGGGAAAUAAUUUUAGCGAGAAGAGCACAAAGCAGCCCCUCUUGGAAGAUGGAUUUGACACCAUCCCCUUGAUCACGCCCCUGGAUGUCAAUCAACUACAGUUCCCACCUCCUGAUAAGGUGGUGGUCAAGACAAAAACAGAAUAUGAACCUGACCGCAAGAAAGGAAAAUUCCGUACUCCCAAAAUAGCUGAGUUCACGGUCAGCAUAACUGAAGGUGUCUCAGAGCGGUUUAAGGUAACUGUUUUGGUCCUUUUCGCCCUUGCAUUCCUUACAUGCAUUGUAUUUCUGGUAGUCUACAAGGUUUACAAGUAUGACCAUACCUGUCCGGAAGGUUUUGUUUUCAAGAACAAUCAAUGCAUUCCAGCUGGAUUAGAGAACUACUAUUCUGAACAAGACUCUAGUGCUAGAGGGAAAUUUUAUACGGUUAUAAACCACUACAACCUGGCCAAACAGACCAUUACGCGAUCUGUAUCUCCGUGGAUGACAGUGCUUUCAGAAGAGAAACUUUCUGAGCAGGAGACUGAAGCAGCUGAGAAAUCAGCUUAGAAUGUUUAAUUGUUUUGACUGGAAGGUAUCAAGAGGGCUUUCAAGGAACGUCUCAUUGUAAUGGAAAAUGUAGAGGUUACUCAUAUUUAUGGUGUAAUUGCUUUGGGUUGCUGAUAACUGCUUUGCAAAA